AUGUGGACGAUUCUCAACGCCCCAGAGAAGCCACCAAAGACCGCCGAUGUUGUCGAAGAAUGUUGGCUCAGAGCCGUUGAUCACUUCAACAAUCGCCUCACUAAAGAUCGACAAAAGAAGCUCAAGGUUGAGGAGCUCGGCAAGAAAUUCGGCUGCUGCACUCUUGGAGAGCUGGCAAGGUCGAUCGAGGCCAACCAACGACCCGUGAAUGAUUCAGACCGGGGUUGGAAAAGUACCUUGCGCACCAUCAUCCGCAAAUUGAACGAUUGUGCACCCGUCGGUGAUGUCCUUGUAGCGCCUCAACCCGUUGUGGCAGCUCUAGUUUGGGGAGCCAUUCGCCUCUGCUUGCAGUUGGGAGCCUCCUACAUCCAAUUUCUAGACGACAUUGGACAUGCGCUGGUGGUGAUUGCGGGAAGUACCGGUAUCUACGAACAAGUCGCAUGCACCUUUAAGGACCAUCGGGAUAUCCUGGAUCAAAUUGCCGAAUACUUUGCCCAUAUUCUCGGCUAUCUCGUCCGUCUCGAGAUUCAAAUCAGUCGAAGGGGAAUAGCUGGCGUGCUCAGAGGGAGUAUCUCGCUGAAGCUGAAUCGUUGCUUCUCUGACCUCAAGGCUCUGGAGCUUCGACUUGACCAGCGCAUCACACAUACCAUACACCAAGGACACAUUGUACAUGAGACUAGGGUUACCGACGAAAUCAUUGCUCAGGAAAAAUUCCGCGAAGACCUUCGAGCUGCAUAUCAAGUGUAUUUUCAAGAAGUUAGGCACCAGACCGCCAUUUUGCAGAAUAUCAAAGCUGAAACUUAUCAGACCCAGCAAUCUCUCCAUCAGCUGAAACUGUGUCACAGCCUUCAGGUGCGAGAUGCUAAAGUGCUCGAAAUGAACCGUGACCUGGUCAAAUGGCUAGAUACGGCAGCAGGAGUUUCCGAGCCCCCAACCACUGAGCCCACGCCAGGGACAUGCGAAUGGAUCUUGUCGGAUCCAACAUGGAUCAAGUGGAAGAAUGCAACGGCUGACAGGUGGCCGCUCUGGAUAAAGGGGGAUCCUGGCUCAGGGAAGACGGUCCUGGCCCACACGCUUGCCAGCGCACUCGAAAAUGAGACAAUACUUUUGUUUUCAUUUGGGACUGAGAUUCACCGCGGCCGUGACCAGAUCCGCCAAUUGUUUCUCUCAAUGCUCCUGCGAAUUUGCACAUCUGGACUGAUCGAUCAGUACCAUGAUAUUGCCCCGGGGCUGAUACAGUUGAAGAGACUUCGCACUGCGUUUGGGCAUGCCAGCCAGUGUGGUACGCAACAACUGGCCCAAAUUACGAGAGACAUCGUGUCACUUCUUCCCCCAGUGAUACUUAUCAUCGAUGCGGUGGACCAAUGCGGUGAGACCGACGAUCGCAACCUUUUGAUGAAAACAUUAACAGCCAUCUCUGAAAAUGCCGACCACGCAGUUGUCCUGACGUCGAGGGGCGAGCCAAACAUACCAAACUCACACAUGAUCGAAUUGACGCCUGACAAGACAAAAUUAGAUAUCGAACGGUAUGCCCUACAAGAGAUCUCGCGAUUUCGAGGACUGCAACCGAUCCAGCACGAUAUCCUGCGUCGAAUCGACAGAGACAGUGCAGGAAGCUUUCUCUGGGUGCACCUGCUCUUGGACCAUGUCCGUCAAGGACCCAGUCUUCAGACUCGAAUACAGAAAUUGAAAGCCUUCCCAACUGAACCGCGGCGAAUAUACGAAGCGGUCAUUAGGGAGAGUACUUGCAAGUUCGAAGAGCAAGAUCAAGAACGGCAGAAGUGCAUUCUCAGGGUGCUUGCCACAACGCGGUCCCCUCUAACGCGGCGGACCCUGUUUCUCAUGGUUGAUGGUGAUGAUAACGAUGCCGAAUUGAAGGGGCCAUCGCGUACCGAUGAGGAUUUGGGCGUAGAUCUCGAUGCUCUGUGCCAUCCCCUCGUGCGAGUUCGAGCCGCUCACGUCUACCUCACUCACCCUACUCUUGGAGACUACAUUUACGGUACCGCCAGGUCGGAGGAUCCUGACCUGUUCCUCGCCAGAAAAUGCCUGGAGAAAUUGACCAACGAAAGGUACCGCUCUUGGAAGACUGCUUUACGGCUAUUGCGGAAACAUCUGUUGCCACCUCACAUGGUACCGGAUAGUGAGGACAGCCAACCACUGAAAGAGUCGGUUCUCUACGAGUAUGCAGUUCUUCACUGGCAUGAGCACGUGUCGGCGCUUCAGACCCCCCCAGAUGACGUCCUCGAUCUUCUUUCACAAUUUCUGGGGGGAAUUGAGAGUGUCACGUGGUCAGAAAAUCUAUUUGAGGCGAAGCAACAGAGUGGCAUUGCACCACAAUUGGAGGUACAGACGAUGCUCAAAACAUGGUAUGACAGUCUGGACAAAGACACACAGCAGAAGAUACCCAUAAAGGACUACUUUGUCAAGCCACAUGAAGAGCUACAGAAAGAAUUGAAGGAAAAGGCUCAAGACAGGGUGGCCCCGUAUCUCCCGUUCAUGCGGCUCGGUCAAUUUUUCAACCUUGGAGGGCGAUCCCAACAAGACUGGCGCAAAGGUUUUAUGUACAAGGAAGCGGUGGCAGCAGGCUUUGAAAGCAGUCUGGGUGCCCGACAUCCACUAACACUCCAAACAAAAACGAGUAUGUUACAAGAAUUCUUUUGGCAAGGGCGAUUCGAGGAAGCCGAGCAUGAGCUGUCAAAGGUUGCAGCUAUACAAAGAGAAAUUUACGAUCAGGACAGUCUGGAUGUUUACGUUACUGUGCAACUGCUAGGCUAUGCGCAAUAUUCUUGUGCUCGAUUCAGGGAGGCGAUGGCGAGCCUCGAUGAGACCGAAGAGGCCUUUCAACGUUUGGAGGGUGAGAAUUCGCCCAAGGGCCUAGUGACAAGACUUUAUCAAGGGUAUGUGCAGGAAAAACAGAGGGAAUUAAUCACAGCUCGUAGGAAUUAUGAAACCAUCCUCCACGAAUGGACUCCCAUCGGGGGGGAUGCUCAUCCAUUGUCCAUCAUGGCACGAACAGCGCUCGGCAUGGUCUGCCGCAAAUUGAAAGAGCACCCGACGGCGGAAGAGUCCUUGUUGAAUGCUUGGACGCAGAAACGAAAAGUUUUCGGUGACGAUUUGAAUCUGACUGUCGAUACUGCCGUGUCGCUAGCGCUGGAAUAUCGAGACAAUGCAAAGUUGGAUCUUGCCAAACAAGUCCUGGAGGCGAUCAAAUCUUCCGAGGUAUUUACCACCGACUUUGAGCGCAGUUGUCAGUGGCAGUACGUCUUGUCUCUGGUAGAAUUCGACCGUGGAUAUUACAACCGACCAAGGAUGGUUCUGCGGGACCUCGUCGACCAGAGUAUCGGAGACAGUCGGGAGGAUAACAACAGGUCGCUGCUCUGGAUACGCCUGACACUGGCCAAUGUGCUCCGGCACCAUGAAAACCCCGACGAAGCCGCCGCAUUGUUCAGUGAGAUUGUGGAACCAAUCGACGAGGUGGAAAGACAAUUCUGGUUUGCACCAGAACCCCCUGAGAGAUUGCGGAUUGCGGAACAAGCAUUGCAGCUCGUGCAGGAGUGCCGAGAGGAUGAGGCCAAAGCACUUCUCCAUGCCAACAGACUCCAAUGGGUCCGCGAGCGCGACUUUGAUAUUUUGCAAGGAGGCCCGGUCACUGAUGUUGCCGUGACCAACCCGGUUGUGACGAUCGUUACCGACCCCUAG